ACAACUGUAUACUUACUAGCAGUGACCUAAAGUUUCCACUAGAGUAGGAGCCGGUUACUCAUAUUCUAGAUGGACUAACUGUUACUAUACUGACUUGAAAUUAAGCAUCUUCGAUUAAAUGUCUUCUUAAGAGGAAUGAAUACUCAGUAGCUGCAGAAUUUAAACCAAUUUCUAAAGCAAAUCGUUUAAAGUUAUGUGAAAGUACAGUACAUAAUAACAAUAGCAAGAUGCGGCUUUGUAUGAUUAAAACCGUGCUGUUUAUUCUACUCCAGAUUAUUAAAAUUUGCAGUUCAAGUUCAAAAAUAGAUUCAAAACUUGUUAUAGAAAGGAUAAAAUAUCUAGAAACAAGAAUCAAUACAGAAGCAAAGUUCAGAGAUGCAGAUUACGCAGUUGUUAUUGACAGACUGGAUGAGAUAGAUAAAAAGUUGAAUGAAUCCCUCGUGCAAGGAGAUGGCUUUGAUAAUGAGGAUCAGGAAGCAAGCGAUGAAAGCAACUCUGAAAUAAUAGAACAUUUAAAAGAAGAUUUUACAAGAAUUAGGAAAGCUUUUCGUGAAGAAAAGUCUGAAACAGCAAGGAUUCGUAGAGAGAUUCCUCAGAUUGAAAAUGAUAUAAAUUCGGUUAAAGAGGUUGUUGAUAAAUAUUGUAUGGCGAAUACAAACAAAACAGAAGAGAUUUUGUGGCGACUUGAAGAAUAUGGGGAUAAGAUUGAUACGGUCGGUAAGGAAAUAGUCGAGCAAGGUGUGAACAAUACUGAAGCUAUUGCAAACACAAUUAAUCUUGAUAACUCUAAAGCAUUUGAGAUAACGCAAAUAGUUCAAAGAAAUGCUGAAAACAUUGCAAAAAUAGAGGAUGCCCUUCGUAAUUUAUCUAGUAACCUUGCUCAUUUAUUCAUCUACGGACCAAAAUAUUCUUGUAAAGAGUUUAGACUAAAUGGAGCUCUUCAAAAUCGUGUCUAUAAACAAUAUAAUGGACUCGAUGUAUUCUGUGACCAAACGACAGACGGUGGGGGUUGGACUGUGUUUCAGAGACGGCAAAAUGGUGAAACUGAUUUCUAUCGUAACUGGACCGAGUAUAAAAACGGCUUUGGCGAUCUCACUGGUGAAUUUUGGCUAGGAAAUGAACAUUUGAGUAUUCUUACAUCAAGUGGAGAUCAUGAACUGAGAAUAGAUAUGGAGGAUUUUGACGGAAAUAAGGCAUAUGCUAAAUAUAGUAAGUUCAUGGUAUAUCCGGAAGAAGACAAGUACAAACUGGAGGUGAGUGGAUACAGUGGAAAUGCUGGAGAUUCUCUCGAGUAUCAUAAUGGAAUGGCGUUCACAACGUUCGACAAUGACAAUGAUAAACACUCGUCAAGAAACUGUGCAAUAUACGGGCAUGGUGCCUGGUGGUACAACGCUUGUCACCAUUCCAAUCUCAAUGGACAGUAUUUUAAUAUUCCUGGUAAAAGAGAUCACAGAGGAAUCAUCUGGUUCUACUGGAAAAAUAAAGAUUACAGUUUGAAAAGUGUGGAAAUGAAAUUUCGUUAAACAAAUGAAAGAUGUAAAAUUCAAACAUCAUUAUACAUUUAAACAAUCGUGAUGUUGAAAUUAGAAAGACGUGUGUAUUUCACAUUAAAGACAAAUGUAUAUAUUAAAGUUUUGUGCUUAAUGGUGACGAUAACUGAUUAAAUCUUAAAAAUCAAUAAUAUGACGAACUCUUAGACUUCUGUAUCUGUUUGUAUUGGGAAACAUUGUACCAUGCAUGAAAAUAAGUGUUUUCUCUGCAACUCGACUGUAAAAUGUAUUCAAUCUAUUUUGUAUAGAUAAAAACGUGUAUACAAAUUUAUGUUUGUUGAGAUAAAAGCUUGUGUACAAAUGUUUGUUUAAAACUGAAUCAUGUAUUAUGCACUGAAACUCUAGCUAUGGUCAGAAGGAAAUUCAAGUUAUAUUAUAAACGGAGAAGAAAAACGUAGAAAUAAAACAUCAUAGGAAUGAUGACCAGUAAGUAGAAAAUCAAAUUGCAAUAACACACUAUGCAAAAGAACAUCUCGAGAAAGAAUAUAGGAUUCUUUAUUAGAUGUAGGUGUAAAUGUAAUAUCUGGCUUGAGGGUAACUUUUUAGUGAUAUCAAGGUUCUGCCGAGCUACUGCGUGAACGGUCGGAUAUUCCUCUCCGCACCUACAACCAAUGAAAGAAUCUUGUUCUUGCAAAACAAAUAACAGGAAAAAUAGAAUCAAACAAAGGACUUUCUUAAAGCAUUUCUUUCUUGCAGUAGCGUAAUUAUAAAGAGCGGGAAUUUUACGUCACGUUUCGACGUUACAACAUCACGCCGAAACUAACAUGAAAGAGUGUGUUCGUUGCAGAAAAUGAGGUUUUUUAUUUUAAAAAAUCCGUAAAAUACCUUAUAAGGAAUAAAGAGGAAAUAGGCAAUCUAUUUUUAUUCGGUUAUACGUAAAAAUAUAAUAUUAAUACUGUACGAAAUUACUACAUAUAAUUUUGUAGUUCGUUGUACGUUAUUUUCAGACGAGAGUCAUCUUACAUCCAUUUGAUGUUCUUACACACCUUGGUUAUAAGAGGAUGUUUUUCAGCACUAGUGAAAUAACUGGUAUGACAAAAAAAAACAAUUCAAGUAACAUAAUACAAUGCCGAUUAAAAAUAUUUCAAGUAAAAGUAUAAAAUUAUUGCCAUCUAAUUAUAAUAAUAUUUGUGACAUGCUUUAGCUACAACGAAAAUAGUCAGGUAACGGCUUAUUUGUAUAUAGUAUGUU